AUGGCGGUUAAUAGUCAGAUGCACAACUUGACUACGCUGAUCAAGCGACUCGAGGCUGCAACUUCUCGCCUUGAAGACAUCGCUUCCGCAACCGAUCCGCCCGCCGAUACCAAUGUUCUGAACCAGGCCAUCCCCUCUCCUCUCAACCCCUCCUCGGCCGCUCCCCCUCCGGCUCCCACGUCUAAUGCCGCAAAGCCCGAACCUGAAGCUGAAGCUGAGCCGCUUCCUGAAUCUAUUGAGGAAUUCGAUGCUUUCCUAAACACCUCCGUCGAGAACUAUGUUAAGCUCAGUCACCAGAUCGGCGGGCUCGUUGCUGAACAGGCCUCCCUUGUCAAGACUGGUUUCCAGGAACAGCGCAAGUUUCUUUUGAUAUCUACCAAGGCAAAGAAGCCUGAUCUAUCUGGUGCCGGUAUGCCCGUCUUCCAGGAUCUUAUUAAGCCAAUCAACGAGGCACUUAUGGCUGUCACCGAGCUCAAGGAUAGCAACCGCCCCAGCCCCUUGAUCACACAACUGAGCACUGUUUCUGAGGGUAUCAUGGUUCUCGCUUGGGUCACUGUUGACGCUCGUCCCUUUAAGCAUGUGGACGAGUGCCUAGGCGCGGCUCAGUUCUUCGGUAACAGGGUCCUCAAGGAGUACAAGGAGAAAGACCCUAAGCAGAUCGAGUGGGUCCAGAGCUUCUACCAGGUGUUCCGUGAUCUCUCCGAUUAUGUUAAGCAAUAUUUCUCAACGGGUAUCCCAUGGAACCCUCAGGGACAAUCUGUCCAGGAAGUCUUACAGUCGCUGUCUGGCGACUCCGCGCCUUCUCCUGCUCCUGCUCCUCCUGCUGGGGGAGCACCCCCACCCCCACCUCCCCCUGGACCUCCUCCUGUUUUGGAUAUCAAGACACAGGAAGCCCCCGCGGCUGCGCCGUCUGGCGGUCUGGGUGCCGUCUUCUCCGAACUCAACAAGGGCGACGCUGUUACCAAGGGCUUGCGCAAGGUGGACAAGUCUGAAAUGACUCACAAGAACCCAUCCCUUCGAAGUGGUUCCACGGUUUCUACUGGCCAGAGGGGCAAGAGCCCUGCUCCUGGCAAGAAGCCCAAGCCCGAGAGCAUGCGUAUCAAGAAGCCUUCAAAGAAGGAGCUUGAGGGCAACAAGUGGACUAUUGAAAACUUUGAGAAGGAAGCCGAGCCUAUCGAAAUCGAAGCUUCCUUGACACAGUCGGUUCUCAUCAGUCGUUGCAACAACACCACUGUCAUCGUCAGGGGCAAGGCCAACCAGGUGACUGUCGAGAACUCCACUCGAUUAUCAUUGAUUGUUGACACCCUUGUGUCAACCGUCGACGUUGUCAAGGCUCAGAACUUCGCUCUUCAGGUCAUGGGCACCAUCCCUACCGUUAUGCUGGACCAGAUCGACAGCGCACAAAUCUACUUCAGCAAGGAGAGCAUAGGAACCAAGGUCUUUACAAGCAAGUCGGCGGGCAUCAACCUCAACGUCAUCUCUGGCGAGGACGAAGACUACAAGGAGGUGCCUCUACCCUCGCAAAUCUGCUCUUACUACGACGAGACCAAGGGAGACUUGGUCAACGAAAUUGUGGCUCACGCCGGUUAA